GUUUGCCUGAUUUCAAUUACUCGAAACGACAAACGAUAUACGGCUCUGGACAAAUCGUUUCUCCAAGACGAGCAAUCCACAGGAGCAAUCAGGCUGUCGAGUGGUGAGCAGCCCAACCGAGAAGAUGUCGAGAUCUCCAAGACCCAUCUGGGACAGGUGUUUCAUUCGAUGACACGGAGGUGGGCGGUUAGGAUUCAAGCGUUACAAGUUUAUCCGGUUAGAGCCGACACGGUGCGAACCGGCUGCGUGCGUAACUGGACGUUGUCGCCAAGACGGCCGACGUCGUUGUCGGCUCCCGAGCGGCCCGAACGUCGUCGGCGUCGUCCCGUGUACUCCAACACCAUGGCGACCGGAGCUUGAGUGGCACCAUGGAGGGGGUCCUCUGGAAGUGGACCAACUACUGGAACGGCUGGCAGCAGCGCUGGUUCAUCUUGGACAAGGGCAUCCUCACCUACUACAAGUCGCAGGAGGAGGUGAACCAGGGUUGCAAGGGCUCCGUCAAGGUGUCCGCCUGCGAGAUCGUGGUACACCAGACUGACUCGAGACGCAUGGACCUGGUCAUCCCGUCCGAACAGCACUUCUACCUCCGCGCCCCGUCGGCGCAGGAACGCCAGCAGUGGCUCGUGGCCCUGGGAAGCUCCAAGGCGGCCCAGCGGGCGGAACCGGCCGCCGCGGGUGUCGAGUCCAGCGUCCGCGCGAAGAAGUCCGAGCUGCGGUUGUACUGUGACCUGCUUAUGCAGCAGGUGCACACCAUCAAGAACGCGCCGGACGCGCAGGCAGCAAACGACCUGCUCAGCGCCACGUGCGACACCUUCAUCGCCACCCUGGAGGACUGCAUGCGGCUGGCCGACGCCAACUUCACCUUCGAGCUGCCUCACCAGCAGGUCAGGGACUCGGCGCUGCCGCACGAGAGCCCCCCGCGCGCUGCGCCGGAACGCCGGCGCCGGACAACCGGCGCCACCGGCGCGGUGGUGACGCCACAUCCCGAGCAGCCACUGGACUACCGGACCGACCCGCUGGCAGCGCCGGUGCCACCGGCCCCACCGGUCCCACCGGCAGCACUGGCGCCUCCAGCCCCACCGGCAGCACUGGCGCCUCCAGCCCCACCGGCAGUACUGGCGCCUCCGGCCCCACCGGCGCCUCCGGCGCGGUCAGUGCGGACCUUUUUCUCGACCAUGGAGCGCAGCUUCACGGACCUGGAGGCGUCUGACCCGCCAACCGAGCAAUUCCUGGGCUGCUGCCGCUCCGUACUGCCCGUCUUCGACGUCCUCGGCUCUACAGCCUUUGCGCCAGUCAAGAUGGAUAUCCAGGGGAACAUCGGCAAGCUGCAUGCCCACUGGCAGGCGGACCCCGGGGGCCUGCAUCGUCUGCUGGCCCUCGUCCAGCGGGAGGUGGAUGCCGGGACGACGGGGGCCGCCGGCUCGGCGACCGACGCCCUGCUGUGGCUCAAGCGCGCCCUCGCCUUCAUCGCCGCCUUCUUGGGACAGGUGCAGGCGGGCAACGGGGACCUUGCCGACUGCGCCAGCGUGGCGUAUGGGAACACGCUCCGGUGCCACCACGGCUGGGUGGUGCGGAGCGUCUUUGCCGUUGCACUCAGGGCUCUGCCCGAGCUGGAUGCAUUCGUGCGUGCCCUGGCACCGUCGCCCGAGGACGCCUGCCAUCCUGAGUACCGUAGGCAGCUCAUGGAUGACUGUGCGACGUACGUGCAAGCGCUGCGUGCCGUCCUCAUUGCCCUGGACGCGUUCUAUCUGGGGCAUGGGCUCGAGGUACCCUAGGGACGCGGUCAACUGGGACAUCCUGGGAAACGCCCCUCCCCAUAAGCAACACACAGCUUCCGUAGUCGGUGACGAAAACACAACCUUUAGACGUCGCAUCCGACGAGGCUCUUUGAUGAAACCCGGUGCCAGUGCGAGGAAAGGGUCACAUUGCAGUUGACGACAUUCCAGGCGCGCUCGAAAUGUGAGAGCCAGAAACCUUCCUGCUGUGCACUCAAACAUUUUUUUAUGGCUAAAGCAUCGUAGUGAGGCAGAAGGAGGUGGAAUUUGCUUGUUUUCCUAGUCAAGGUUUCGCAGGUUGUCACGACAAGUUGAGUUCAACCGAUCAGGACAUUGUUGGAUUCAGGAAGUUGCUCGUUGUGAACAAGCGGUUCUCAGUCACUUUACAAAAAUGUAUUCUGGUAAGAGCAAAUGGAGGGCUGGGCCCGCAUGUCAAUAACCGCCAGAGAUGAUUGCAGUUUCCGAGCCGGGGGCCGGGGGUAAUUUAUUUUGUCGGUGUGCAUGAUAGUCCAUGUGUGUAUGUUCCCUUGGAAAGAGCCGUUUUGUCCUGACCGAUUGGCCGAGCACCGCUUGUUGCACUCUGAGGACGAGCAAUCCGAGCUUCUAGAACAAGGUUGGAUGGACUAGCACACCUAAAGAAUUAUAAAUGAUUGAUUUAUUGUGUAGCGAGCGCUAAUUACUCUAGGUGUUUUUGCAAUGCUCCUCUACAAAUUGUGCAUCCAUCUGUCCCACACAUUCCUUAGGCCCGCUUCAGACUGGAUAACUUUUUGAGCAAUUCCGUGCUUGCCAACGAGCUGUUGCCUAAAUCCUUGUGCCACAUCACGAAUUACUGGGAUUGGGUCCUGAUUCAAAUUGGCAAACAACUUUUCUGAGAAGUUUGAAGCAGUACCAGUCAAUCAGUGGCGUGAUACUUCCCAGUGGCUCCCUCUGGUGGUAAUGAUGAUAAGUGAAGACAAGGUUUCGCUUAGUUCUAGCUUGCUAUGGAUUCUUUUAUGGCUAAAGGCAUCAGGGAGAUCAGAUAGUAUUAUCAAUGCUAGAAAAAUAAAAUGAAAACGAAAAGUUUUUUUUUGCACAUUAGACAAGACGCUGGGAAAAGUUGCUCAGCUUGAAGCCGGCUUUACACUACGAUGCGUUCAUUGCUCUGGUCCAGAUAACGUCAUUGCAAUGGUGCUCAUCCGUCCAAUUUCGCAUUGCUUUUAUUCUUGACAAUUUGGGUUUGCAGCAUUGGGGAAAAUAGGCACAACUAAGAGGAGCUGAUUAGAGUCCAGUUCAAACCGAUUUUAAUUUUUACAUUACCUGUGCCUUCUUUGUACUGUGCAAACCACUGCAAUCCAGUUGCUGUUCGUUUCAUUACCAUCAGCUCAGUAUGCUUCAUGCAGCAGAACUGCACAGCAAACCUCUCUUUUUAUUUUGAUAAAUGCAUGAUUUUAAGUGCCAGUAUUUUGAUAAAGCAAGUUAUGAUCGCCAUCUUUCAUAUUUUAAUUUUUUUUUUUUUUAGUGCGCAUAUUAAGCGGUUCAUCCGUGGUCACCACAAGAACUUCCAGCUUUGUUCUAGAACCUUGUACUAAAUUUAGCCUUGGGCUAGGCAAGUUGUGGAGUUGAGUCCUAAAACAGCCGAUUGACACGUCUAGUGUGCUCUGUGAGGCCGUAGAAACCCUGAUGGGACAAAAGUGGAAGGUGUCUGAAUGGUUUGAAUGCCGCAAAUGGAACACACACUUUGUCGGUGCCUGGUCCAGUAGACAGGCUGCACUGUUUGUAUGAUAAGAAUUUUAUAGCUCGAAGGAUAUAUUUUGGGGACUAGUGGUGCAUCUUGGAAUGCACCGCUGCACCUCUACUCACCUUAGUGGGCCACUCUUGAGGUGCUGUCAGUGAGCUCCUCAAGGUUCUGCUUGCCGAGAGAUUAGUCUAGCCUCACGUAAACAGCCAAAAGACGGGCAAGAUGCAGUGUGUUAAGUCGCGUCUGUCCCUGCCAGCUCGGUUCUCCGUGGGAGAGUGCUUUCCAAUAAAGCAGAUCAACAGUC